AACACGCAAUAAAGCCUCACGACGGGGCUCGAUCCAAAAUAUCCGCCAGGACAAAAAUGGUUUCACCAACUGCAACUACCCCCGGCUCACCCUCCCCUACCGCCUUCACGCGCUCUCACUGUCGCUCUGUUUUGCGGUUUCCACGACGUCGUUUGGAUUCCUUCGCGACGACCAGACUCUCCUGAUGGUCCGCGCUCCGUAAAAUCACCGCUGUAAACAAGACUCGGCUUCUCUCACACAAAUAUACACAGAACACGAAGCAUUAGAACAUCCGAAAACAUGGAAUGGAUCGGUGGACCAAUGGAACCGACCCGCUCCACAGGAGAAAGAUGCCUUUCCUUACCAUGUUUGCGCUAUACUUUCUCGUUAAAGAUGCUCCAUCAAAAGCUGAGACACAAGAAUGUUGCUGCUCCGAUUACCUCCGGCCAAACAAACUUCUUCUUUUGUAAGCUACAGAUAGAUAAAGAUAAAACGGAUAUGGUCACCAACAGCAAAUAUAAAUGUCAGAUGGCGCUGUUUCUGUUUAGACGCAGUCAAAGUUCAAGUUUCAAAAUGGAAUCCAGCUCUAAUUUGGGGAAUAGAUUAGAAGGUGAUCUUUACCCGGUGGAUCUACCGGUACGACAUUAUGGCGAGUUAAAUGCAGGAUGUGAAGAAUACCUGUCGAGUGUUAAAUCAGACGGUGCCAUGCCGCACAUCUUUUCUAAUGGAGAGAAAGUGCAAGUAACUUGUAAAAACAUUGGUCGACUUGCUUUUCUGAGUGAUGGUGACAUGCCAUAUUUUAUUCUUGCUCUACACAUGCCUGAGGAUGAAACCAAAGUGGUUGCUGUGUACUUGCACGGCAAAUGGUGGGCCAUUGGUGAUGUUUUGAAGACGUCAGACAAAUCCAGACAUGGACUUGUGUUAGUGAAGUCUGUCAUGGAGAGGGUGGUGCUGUUCCUGCUCAGUCAGGUUAUAUUUGGAAUUAUGGAGAAGACUCUCAAAGACGACCUAUAUUUUUCAGCCUUUUCCCUGUGGGAACAUGGCAAAAUUCUCUGGCAUAACGGAGAAGCGGUUGGGUUUUACACCAUCAAAAAAAAGGGCAGCCUUUGUGAUGGUUACACUGGCCAGAGCUAUCAGCUCCCCAUGCUGGACACUGUGUUUGUCCGCUCUCACUGGAGAAGGACUGGUCUUGCUUUACAGAUGCUGGAGGAUUUCUGCUUAUCUCAACCCACGGAGGGGAUUCUGGGAAUUAGCUUUCCGAUGUCUCCUGGCAUGUAUGGAGUUUGCGAGAAGUAUCUUGAGAUCCACAAAGAAGAGAGAGAUCGUCUGUAUGAGGUGGAAGCGCCCGGUGAAUGGACUCAAAGACGCAAUGUGUGGUUAAACAUCCAGCUGCAAAAGCUCCCACAGGACUCAGCAUGUGGAGAUUUAGAGCAGAGUCCACAUACCAGUCAUGAAAGAAGGAAACUUGAUUUAGACGUGGGGACACUGCAACAAUGUGGAUCAUCAGUCCGCCCUAAAGAACCAUCAGGCAGUGCAAAGAAGCGACCAGCUGGUCAGUCCAAGACCAGAACCAACUACAAAAAAGCCAGGACUUAAUAUUUAAUUACAGUGUAUUUAAUUCAUUAAUUUAAGAAAGUAUGUUUCUUUAUGAACGGUAUUUGCGAGUGUCUGACUGAAAAAUACACAUGGGCUGCCCUGAGAGUAUAAGUUAUAUUUUAGGGUUUCUUUAUGAGAAGAAAAAGAGGAAUUACUGUACAGGUGUCUUUAUGUUUAGUCUACAAUAAGGUACAUUUGUUAAUUGUACAUUUAAUUGUGAAAGAACAAUUUUUCUCAUGUGGCUAUUCUUAUGUUUAUCAUUAUAAAUAUAAGAUAUUUUCAAGUUUAUAUUUGGUAAAAAAAAAAAAUGUAUAUAUAUUGAUAAACAGUAUAAAAACUAAAAGGACUUAAGGGGAGAGUAUGUAUGUAUGAUGAUAGGAAACAUAUAAACAUACAGCCUUGUUCUUUUAUAUACCUCAGAUCGGGGGUUUCAAAACUGGAAUCCCCAAAAGAAUCCAGAGAAAAAAAGAAUAAUUUUUUAUUGUGUUUAUUUCCUGCUGCAUAUACAUCCCAGAAUUGUUUAUAUUUUCUUUUAAUCUUUCGACUUCGUUUUCUGUGUUUUUAGUCCCUUUUAUCUCACUUACUGAGGCAGUAUUAAUUGUAAAGCUGUCCAAGUUUAUUUAUUUAUUGUCCAAGUUGCUGCAGUACAACUAAAAUAUAAAAUUUGAAUAGCCAAAUGUAUAUUUAUUAUACAUAUAAAAGUAUAUAGAUAUAUCAAAUUAUAAAAGGUUGAUCAUAA